GUUGCAGCCAGCCCAUGUGGAAAACAUUGGGCGCAUGAGGCAUGUUAUUGUAAAAGGCUAGCGAGCACAUCUAUGGGUCUACUGAAUCUUGCUAAAUUCUAGUGUAUCCUGAGACAAUUUGCAAUUAGUUUCAUAUGCUAAGGUUUAAACGAUAAACAUGGACAAAGUCGGUAUACACUCUAGAAAGGGGAGAGAGACGAUGAAGAGAGUCUCGGAACCAGAGCCUGACUACGAGGAAGAAGCGUUAAAAAGACACAAAAACGCCCAAGCAGUGACUGUUUUAGGCGAAGAAGAUGCAUCUGUAAAACUUCUUGAAUAUCUUGUUUUUGGUGCUGAAGAUUAUCUUGUGGAAAGGCUCGUGAAGGACAGAGAGGAUGGCGGUGCCACACUUCUGGAUGAUGACGAUUCCAGCGAAUCCGAUGUAGAGGAUGAAGCACGGCUGACGGUUCAGACAACCAGGACAGCGGUGUGGGAGGAUGAUGAUGAUGAUCUGGAGGAAGAAGUGGACAUGACACACCGGUUCCGUAGAGAGCUGACCAAGAGUGACGCAGAGGCCAAGAUGUCCAAACAGAAGUUACAGCAGAGGAUGAAAGAACAGUUCCAAAAAGCAAUGGGUGGAAUGCCGUCCUGGGCAGAGUCAAAAGUCCGGAAAAAGAAUAAGAAAAAAGAUGACUCUGAUGAUGAGGAUGGAGAUGACCUGAUGAGGAAGACGGGCAACUUUGUUGGCUCAUCCGACAGUCUUCCCAAAGGAAUCAUACGGAUGAAGAAGUGCCGACACGCCAACAACGACCGGCCGUCUGAGGACCGGCUGACCACGGUGCAGUUCCACCCCUCUGCCCAGGUUGUCAUGACAGCAGGGCUCGACCAGUCCAUCUCUCUGUUCCAGGUUGAUGGGAAGACCAAUCCUAUGAUUCUGAGUAUUCACCUGGAGAAGUUCCCGGUGCACAAGGCCCAGUUCAGCGUGGACGGGGAGCAGGUGGUGGCCACCAGUUUCAGGAACAAGCUGUUUUACAUCUACGACAUGAUGGAGGGCAAGGUCAUCCCAGUCCACACUGUCAGAGGUCUGAGGGAACAGAGAGUGAAAGAGUUUGAAGUCUCCCCUGAUGGAGAAUCCCUCCUUCUCACUGGCACCUCCGGAUACCUCCACGUGUUAACAAUGAAGACUAAGGAGGUAGUGAACAGCAUGAAGAUCAACGGAAACAUCGCAGGAGUGGCUUUCUCCCACGACGGCAGCAAAGUCUUCACCAAUUCUGAGGAGGGUGAGGUGUAUAUAUGGGACAUGAGGAGCAGUAAAUGCCUGAACAGGUUCACAGAUGAUGGCUGUGUGAGUGGGACCUCCAUGGCUGCAUCCAAGAACGGACAGUAUCUGGCCUGCGGGUCAGCGGCAGGUGUGGUGAACGUGUACUCCCAGGAGGAGUGUAUGCGGCAGAACAACCCAAAGCCUCUGAAGGCCAUCAUGAACCUGGUGACCUCCGCCACCUCUCUCCGCUUCAACCCCACCUCCGAGAUCCUGGCCAUCGCCUCCAGGGAUGACGACGAGGCUGCCCGAUUGGUUCAUAUCCCCAGCUUCACAGUGUUCUCCAACUUCCCCAUGUUCCAGAGGAAAACCAUAUACAGAGCCCACCGCCUGGACUUCUCCCCAAACAGCGGCUUCUUCUCCCUGGCCAACAACGAGGGCCAUGCCCCUCUCUUCAGGUUGUUGCAUUACAAAAACUUUUAAUGAAGAGCAUCCCAAGCAGGCUCGUAAACAACAUCAAGACACCAAGCUCCCUCAAUACAACUACCAUUGUCUUCAAUAAGAUAUUUUACAAUGAAAAGGACUUGAAUUGAGAUAUCAGUUAUGCUUAUUACAUCUAUGAAAGUGUUACAGCAAGAUACCAUGUCUUUGUUAUCCUGUUCCCCCCCUUCAAAUUUGAGUAAUUACAUUUUUUUUUUUUUAAGUGUUCUGUUUUCAAAAUGCACAUCCUGUAUAUGUCUUUCUGUCUACUUUAGGGUUUUACAAAUGUUUGUCUAAUGGAUAAAAUACAACUUAAUUUCCUUGAUACUUGGCUAUUUUUUUUCUUUCUGUUUCUAGAUAUCUUGGCGAACAAUAACAUGAUAGAUUGACUAUAGUGCUUAAACUAGUACAGAAAAGCUGUCAAACGUGUAUGCACUAUAGCCCCAUUAGUCUAUUCUCUGUUGCCCUGAGAAUCUGUUUGCUACCACUGUGAAUUCCAUCUUGACCGAAGCUGAUAGUGUUAAUUCCGCAUUUUGUUGUUACAGCCUAAAUUCUAGAUUUUUUUUUAUUCGCCAAUCUACACACAAUACCCCAUAAUGACAAAGUGAAAACAUGUUUUUGACAUUUUUGCAAAUGUAUUGAAAAUUAGAUGCAGCAAAAUCUCAUUUACAUAAGUACUCUGCCUGGAGCUGGACCUCUGACCAAACUGAGGACAAAUGUAAAGGGGUAUGAAUACUUUCUGAAGGAACAGCGUAUCUGACCCAGUUUAUCAGCAGAACAAGACCAAGGCCAGAAAGGCACAUCAGAAAGGGAAGCUAAUAUCAACCCUUACUUUGCAUUCAUGCUUACAUCAUGGCUCAAGAACAGUUUGCUUGAUGGUGCUAUUCGCACUGAAAUUGCCUGCUUUUUAUAUUUUAUUUUUUACUACACCGAAGGGAGCUACCUCUCUGCUGAGCCACAGCUUUGAGAGAAACACCUACACAUACACCUACAGACCUCAAAUGAAUGACAGUCACAGCACCAUGUGUUACAUACUUUAGAUCCUCCUUUAUGACGUCAAGUCAGGAUAGGCAGCAUUCCAACACCUACAUUUCUCAUUAGUAAAAGCACUGUGUCCUCCCCAAGGCGUCGUUGUCGUUUGUAUCUGCAUUCAGCCAAAUCAUAUCUCUCCUUGUGUUUAAGUGCGUUUUAAUCACAUUUAUUGUUUUGGUCUGUCCUGAGGUAUUUCUGUAAUUAGGCUGGAGAAAUGUCUUUAUGAUGAAUGAACCUUAACACCAAACAAACAAAAGUGUUUUCCCCUGUAGUCUCCCUAAUGCAGAAACUAACAGAAACUAUAAUGGGUGGGAAGUACUGAAACAAAUAAUGAGCCUCAUUAGCAUUUGACUUUGUGUUUGUUCUCAUGAGGGUGUCUUGAGAGUCAAUAAAUAUAUUUGCCCUGCAGGUCAGACAUGGAACAUAGCUGCAAUUGUGAAAUGAAUGGUAAUUUGUGUAAAUAUAGGUUUAGGAUCAACACAGAUUCUGUCUAUUCUCUGGUCUGUCUGACUAAUUUACAGAUUGCGAUUUCAGCAGCAGGUUGCAGCUGUGUAGUUGAUGAAUCUCUGAAAAUACCCCUUGACUUUUUCCACAUUUUGUUGUGUUACAAAGUGGGAUUAAAAAUGAUUUAAUUGUCA